GCCCUCUCUGUACUGGGUCCCCCCUGCGUGAGCUCAUACAUCUCAGACCUGCUCAGAGAUCCGCCGUACAAGCGUGACAACAGCAGCAGCAGCAGCACAGCACGUCACUCCAGACGAUUCAAUACAUCACAAUCCGCGCAGCCAAGGAAACCUACCAAAACUUUGCCCCCCAAAUCCCCGGACCCUCAGGGUGGGGUAAAGCCGCAGAGAAGCAGCAGCGCAAACAAAAGCACUCCUCUUGGCUUUAAGAUUAUACCAGCUGCAAUAAAAGUUCAGAUUCAAACUCAAGACGAUAAGCGGAACCGAUCGGGGUCUCCACGUUUGCAUUCAAAACUUUUUCUCAAGUCACUGAACUCGGAGGAGCGAGCAUCAAACGGACACACUUAAAAUGGCAAUCACAUGGACAAUCAUUGUAGUAGGCGCCCUCCUGCAUGGCAUGCAGUGCAAUGUUGAUGACAGUCCAGUGACCAAUAGUUCUCUCACCACAUUCGGUUCCACUAAACCCGACACUUCUUCCACCCAAACGGAUACCCCUACAACCACCUCAUUGGAGUCUAUUACACCUGCCACUACACGCUCCUCACAGGAUUUAACUAUACUCACUACUCAACCCACCUUUGAAGCCACUUCAACAGCUCCGACUACCCAAUUUUUAACAUCAGCUCAUCAAGAAACAACCACUAACCCAACCAGUAAAACCCAAUUUCAACCCACCACAUUCAGUGCAAGCACUGUUCCUACAGCCUCUAAGGACAGUCCUCAAACUUCAUCUACACCUCUCAUCACAUCCGAAACCAACCAAGUUACCACCAACUUAAAUAAAACUCCAACCACUAUUACUACAAAAAGUGGCACCACCCAACUCCCGCCUACACCGACACCAGAUGUUGCCAGAAGUUCUACAUCAUCAUUCACAUCAUCUCCAGGCUCUGAAUCUAUGGGUUCUCAAAGUGUUGGGACAACAAAAGCACAAAGUACUACUGCCACGAUCACAACACGCUUAUCUCCAGGCCCUCGAAAUGAUGAAGGCACCUCUCCUCCCCAAAAUAUGAGCUUCGAACAUAAAGCCUGUGAGAUGCUGCGUAAGAUGGUUAAAGGAAAUUGCACGGUGCAUUGUGGCGAUCAAGGCAAAACACUAACUGUAACAAUAACAGUAGAUGUCAAACAUGAUAUAAAAUCAGAUAUCUGCAAUACUCAGACACCAAAUAGUGGAGUUACAGACAAUAAUACUUCGCAGAAAGAUGAUGCAAACAAAGACACAAUACCAGACACGUUGAUCGCCAUCUUGGCUUCUUGUGGCGCUUUGGUGUUCAUUCUGUGCUGCUUUGCUGCAUACUGCACUUAUCACCGCAGAUCCUACAGGAAGAACCAGCAACACCUGACGGAAGAGCUGCAGACGGUGGAGAACGGAUAUCAUGACAAUCCCACACUGGAGGUGAUGGAGGUACAGCCGGAGAUGCAAGAGAAGAAACCUACAUUGAAUGGGGAGUUCAACGACAGUUGGAUCGUCCCCAUAGACAACCUGCUGAAAGAGGAGAUACCUGAUGAAGAAGACACUCACUUGUAAUGGCAUGGGACGAACCGUCUGAAGAGGGAAACCUGCUGCUCUCCUAACGGCAGACUGGGACCAGCCAGAAUGUAGAGAAAGCAGAGAUUGACAAAGACUAUCAAACGACAAUGGUUUCAUUUGGUGCCCAGGUGUAUAUGCUGUAAUUAGGUAGCUAAAUGUCAAGUAUGUUCUAGAAAUAGCAGAAAAUCAGCAGGGGGAAUUGUGUCAUUGAACAAUCUAUGGCCUCUCUUUGUGCCUUAACUUUUCUUCAGCACACUUAGAUUGUUUCAAAACCAAUAGUUUCAGUUGGAUAUACAUAAAAUAUAUAAAAAAUAUUAGGGAAAAUAGCCUAUUUUUAACUUAAAACAGAUUUGGUCCAAUUUUGAGUCUUGAAUGAAAAAAAAAGUUAGAUUUUGCUCACCAUCUUGGGACGUUUUUCCUCACUGCGAUGCAUUUUGGGACCACAUUCUCUAAAUGUGAAGCUGCCUUAGAAUAUGGCCAAAAUAAGACAUCAAUUUUACUGAGAAUGUGCCUUAUGAUGCCUUAAGAUACAGUCAAGCAAAAUCAGGUUUAAGUUUUAAGUACAUGCACACACUACCAGUCAACAGUAAGAUUUUUAAUGCUUUUCAAAGAAGUUUCUUCUGCUCACUGAAACAUGUAUUUGAUCCGAAGUACAGCAAAAACAGUAACAUUUUGAAAUGUUUGUACUAUUUGAAAAUAUUUUAAAAUGCAAUUUAUUCAUGUGAUUUUAAAGCUGAAUUUUCAGCGUCAUUACUCCAGUCUUCAGUGUCACAUGAUCCUUCAGAAAUCAUUCUAAUGAUCUGCUGUUCAAGAAACAUUCUUUGUUAUCAUCAGUAUUUAAAACUUUUUUUCAGGAUUCUUUGAUGAAUAGAAAGAUCCAAAGAUCAGUAUUUAUCACAAAUAAAAAGCAGCAGAAGAGACUUCUUUAAAAAACAAACAUUAAAAAUCUUAUGUAUAUUUAGUGAUCUAUUCAGGAUUCAGGUUCACAGUUUCUGUUGAUAUUUAAUUUGAUAUUUAAAAAUCAUGUUAUCGAAAGAACACACACAAAGUUGUUUCUACCUGAUAAAACUGAGCAUAAAUUAUAUUACUAUAGAUAUUUCCAUUGCUUUUCCCAUGAGUUUUUGAUACCCACAAAAGACUCUGGAACCUUGUAUUAUUUCUUGAGAGGAAUGUAAUUGUUGCGCUUGUAUAUAAUGCUUAUUUGUAUGCUUCUUCCAUAAUUAGUUUGCUUUCUGUUUAGGGAAGAUUAACACUAAUAAGCACCAAAUUACACUUUGACCAAUGGUUAAUUCAUCCUGGCAAAUUAGACUAUGGGUCAAAACUAUGUGACCCCCAUGAUUGGCAGAUCUGCUCCACUAAUGUCCGUCUUGGUAAUCAUGCCAGUAUGAAGGUUUUCGGUUUUGUCAACCUGAAACAUUUGACACUAAAUCCAACAUGGAUCACUUAAAUAGUUACAGGUAUAAAAUCGUAACGCGUCAUUGUCUUUAAUCAGAAUUUUCAGUUUAGUACACUGAUCACCUUUUUGUUUGGGGAUGUUUUAUUUAAUUGUUUUAAUGUUGAUUUCACCAAAAUAUUUUUUUUUAAAUUGUAUUUGCAUGCACUACACAAGUUUUCAAUAUAAGGGAUUCACUACUGUCUCCGUUUAGCUGUUGUACUCCCACCAAAGUAUUAAGGUUGAAUUUAUAGUUGUAUUCUGUAUUCUGAAGUCAGUUUGCUGCUGUGUGCAAACGACAGGGGUCUGAUACACUGGAAGCUUCAUCUCUGUCAGAUUGGAUGGGGAUGGCCAUGAUUUCUAAUAUAAAUAAAGUUUUUUUCUAAAGUG